CGGCUAUUGUGCCCAUUGGAAACUUUCGGUCCCUCUACACGUAACGUACCUCAAUUUUUGCGGUAGAGACCAGCAGCCCAUCACCAUACACCCACCCAUCUCGACACCUACAGGAAAUCAGUCAAGAUGGUUGCCGCCAAGAAGCACGUCCCGAUCGUCAAGAAGCGAACCAAGACCUUCAACCGCCACCAGAGCGAUCGGUUCAAGUGUCUUUCCUCCAAAUGGCGCAAGCCUAAGGGUAUUGACAACCGAGUCCGACGACGAUUCCGUGGCAACACUGCCAUGCCCUCGAUCGGUUUCGGCUCCAACAAGAAGACCCGUCACCUCACACCCUCCGGCCACAAGGCCUUCCUCGUCAACAACAUCAAGGAUGUUGAGCUUCUCCUGAUGCACAACCGUACCUACGCCGCAGAGAUCGCCCACAACGUCUCGUCGAGAAAGCGAGUCGAUAUCAUUGCCCGAGCGAAGCAAUUAGGUGUCAAGGUCACCAACGCCAAGGCCAAGGUCACCACGGAAAUUUAAGGCGCUGGCGGCUGAUGAGGAUGACUAUGGAAUUGGGGUCCGGUUUCUCGUUU